GUCUUGACAAAAUUCCUCCCACGGUAGUCAGCUGCCCAGAGUCACAAGUUGUGACCAGUGACAAAAGUCUAGCACCUGUGACAUGGGAUGAACCAGUGUUCACAGACAAUGUUGGUGUAACCCUUGUAAUACAGAAUUUUAGAUCAGGUAUUGAUCCUAUUAAAUUUUUGAGAGUUUUUGAGCCAUCAUUUUUAGUUCCCUUUACAGGGCAGGAAAUCCUUUUUCUUUUUUUUUUUGUUGCUGUUUCAUUAAUUGGUUUUCAAUGUUUUAUGCUUCAAGAGUUAAUUUAAUUGAAAAAAUAUAUUUGCAAGCCUUAAUAAAAUGAUCCUUUAAUGUUUUGUGUGUGCUUUCUUUUAAAUUUAAAUAGAUUAUACCCUAUGCAAGCAUCUCAACUCUCUGUGUCAUUUUGUUUCUCCUUCAGGACAUUACUUUUCGUAUGGUCAUCAUGUGGUUGCAUACUUUGCUUUUGACAGUAACAAUAACUCAGCUCAGUGCAGUUUUGACAUUUUUCUCAGAAGUAAGUUACUUUUAAAAAGCCACUAAAAUAUUGAAUGUUUAUUGGCAUAUACUUAAUGAAUGUUGACUAAGAUAUUAUUUUCCAUGAAGUAUUUUGUAAGAUUUUUAAUAAAACACUUAUUUUAAGAAAAGUGAAAAAACUUUUUUACUAAACCAAACAAAGGAUUAAUUUUUGACAAUUAAUCGCCAAGGACUCUUGUUUUUAGCAGUGACAAAUGGCUUAAUAAUUAUAUAAGGGGAAGAAUUUGAUCAGUUUGAGCUAUUUACUAUUUGUAUUUGAAUAAUAACAAAAUUCCGUACUUCCCCCAGUAGGAAGUUCAAUAAUCUGUCAUGUUGCUAAAUGUUUCUGUUUGUUGGGUUAUUUUCAAGUUUAAUGACAACUUAUAAACAGAAAAAAAUAUCCUAUAUUUGAAUGAGCAAAGGAAAAUGCCAAUGCCUAAAUGACCCAAGAAGAUACUUUUGAAAUUAUUAAACAAAAUAUUAAUUCUAAAAAUUGUAAAGACUUUAUUUUAUUUUAAAUUAAGUAGGCUUUUACAACUGCCCAUUAUUUGUUAAUGGGAGUAGCUACAGGCCAUAGCGAAUGAGUUCCCAAAUAGAGUUAAAAACUAAUAUUUAUUGGCCAAAAAAAAAAAUUAUUUAGGAAGCAAAUAUGUGGCUCUUGAGAUUAUAAAUUUGGUUUUAGCACACAUGUAUGAAUUUCAAUGAGAACUCUUGCUGUAACAAGUUUAAUUUUAAUUUACAACCUCCUUUAAACAGGAUUUGAUUGUAUUGACCCACCACCACCUGUCAGUGGAAGCCGAGUUUGUGGUAACUGGCAGCAUGGAAGAUAUUGUGUGCCUUCAUGCAUGAACAAAUUUCAGUUUAUGACCCCAGUCCCAAAAUUUUAUCGCUGUGGACAAGAAGGUGUCUGGGAUCCACCCACUGGUUUCCCUGCAUGUGCAAGU